AUGAAGGCCUCCCCGCUGCUCAUCUCGUGGCACAACGACAAUGCUCCCAUCUACUCGGUACACUUCGAUCCUAAUGGCAAGGGCCGACUAGCAACGGCUGGAAAGAACGAAGAGCUAACAGAGGUUGGCAGUGAUAAUAAUGUUCGACUCUGGCGAGUGGAAUGUACCGGAGAAGAACGCAAAGUCUCCUACUUGAGCACUUUGGUGAAACACACACAAGCAGUGAAUGUGGUUCGAUUCUGUCCGAAGGGCGAGAUGUUGGCCUCUGCAGGUGAUGACGGUAAUGUCUUGCUCUGGGUACCCUCGGAGCUGCAGGCUCAGCCUGGACUGGGAGAAGAUCGACUCGAUGAUAAGGAAACCUGGCGCGUGAAACACAUGUGUCGCUCCUCGGGUGCUGAAAUCUACGAUUUGGCCUGGUCCCCAGAUGGAGUCUUCAUCAUCACCGGCAGCAUGGACAACGUUGCCCGCAUUUACAACGCGCAGAAUGGCCAGAUGGUGCGGCAGAUCGCGGAGCACUCCCAUUAUGUACAAGGCGUCGCCUGGGAUCCCCUGAACGAAUUUGUUGCGACACAGUCCUCCGACCGCUCCGUCCACAUCUACAGUUUGAAGAACAAGGAUGGCCAAUUCACCUUGACUCCGCACGGUAAGGUCUUGAAGAUGGACUUGCCAGCCAAGCGCAUCUCCUCCAGCAGCCCCGCGCCAGAACUGAGUACCCGACCAUCGCAAAGUGCAAACAACUCUCUCGCCAUUGCAUCCCCGGCCCCUUCUACUCCGGGCACUCCCAUGGCCUCACAGCUGCCUAUGGACCCUCCUCCGGUUUCCCACAGCCGACGUUCAUCGUUCGGCUCGUCUCCGUCGAUCCGACGCUCUGCAUCCCCAGCACCAUCUCUACCCCUACCUGCAGUCAAGCCGCUCGAGGUGUCAUCUCCUAGUCUUCUUGGCGGUCUCGGUGUGAAAAAUUCCAGCAUCUAUGCCAACGAGACCUUUACUUCUUUCUUCCGCCGACUGACAUUCACACCUGACGGAAGCCUCUUGUUCACACCGGCAGGCCAGUACAAAACUUCCCACGUCUCGGCCGCGGACCCUGCGAAGACAACUGACGAAGUGAUCAAUACCGUCUACGUUUAUACUCGGGCCGGCUUCAAUAAGCCUCCUAUUUCUCAUCUGCCAGGUCAUAAGAAGCCAUCUGUGGCUGUCAAGUGCUCGCCCAUCUACUAUACACUGAAGCAGGGCACACAGCCGGUGAAGAACAUGACGGUUGACACAUCGGCCGGCGGAGAGGCCAUGUUCCCUCCUUUGCCAGACUCCGUUGUCGCACCCAAUACCUCUUCAAGCAAGCCGUCCAUGGAGCCGCCAUCUUCCACACCUGGCACUAAUGACGCGUCCAAAACUCAACCUUCGCCAAAAAUUGCAGAAACACAUGGCACCGAUACAGGAGUUGCGCCUGUCUUUGCUCUUCCAUAUCGGAUUGUUUACGCCAUUGCCACUCAAGAUGCCGUUCUUGUCUAUGACACACAACAGCAGACUCCAUUGUGUGUUGUGAGUAAUCUGCACUUUGCGACAUUCACAGACUUAAGCUGGUCCAAUGACGGAUUGACUUUGAUCAUGAGCUCCUCGGAUGGGUUCUGCUCUAGUCUGUCCUUUGCCCCUGGUGAGCUCGGCCAGGUCUACACGGGCCCAACAGCGUCUGGCACCAACGCGGCUCAUGCAAAUACACCAUCAGCAAGCAACACACCUCUUGCGACUCCAGUACCCGGUGCGUCAUCGCCAUUGAAAUUGAGCCACGGGCAAUUGAGCAACGCAGGGGCCACGGCGAACAAUGGUCAAGUGCCUCCGGCCAGUCCUGCACGAUCCAACUCGGCGGGCUCGAUAGCAACGCAAACACCUGCGCCGCAGUUAGCGGCAGUCGUCAACAAUCCUACCCCCACUCUCGGCGCCGUUCCAUCAGUCACUGCAACCAAUUCAGCGCCGCCAUCCACCCUCCCCCUCACAACGCCACCCCAGACACCCCUGCCAAGCACCACGAGCUCGUUCUCCGGGACUGUCCUAGGAAAGCGCGAUACCCCGGCAACGACGGAGCCGGAAAAGGGAGACGGCAAAGCCCCUGAUGCGCCGGACGCAACACAGCAACCAAAGAAGCGACGAAUUGCCCCUACCCUCAUCUCAGCUGGCACAGACCUAACACAACCAAAAGAGUCGGAAGCUUCCUAG